GUCGAAUACAAACGCGUUCAUCUCAAUCACACCGUGGCAGUCGCAAAGGAGGCCGGCCGACAUGCAUCGAAGCCAUCGAAGCGACUACCGUAGCAAUCGCAGUCGAAGUCGACAUCGUGAUGCCGCCGGAGGACGAGAAAUGUCUCGCUACGGACCUGCGCCGUCCUCACGUGACGAUCGUCGAUUUCGAGACGACCGAGAUUACACUCGACCCACCAACUCCCGCCACGAAGGCCGCGACCGCCGCCAUCACUACUCUGGAAACUACCCAUCUGAUCGCCAUGAUGACUACCCUCGACGUGGAGGUCGCAGUCGCAGCAACCGACGCAGCCACCGCCGCAAUCGCGAACGGUCCAUGUCCCGUGAGACGUAUCGUCGUUCUCGUCGCACGAAACGGGAUGGUCGCAGCAGUGUCAGCAUGGAACGCGGCGGGUAUGACUACCAGCAUACAGCACCGCACAAGAGCAACAAGGUGGACAAGACGAAGGACUUGAGCGAUGACAGUGCGUCCCACGACGACACGAUCGGGAGCUACGAGGGGGUGCCCGGCGACGUGAUCGACAAGCGGUACGAGAUCCUUCGGGAUGCCGGACUGGGGACGUUCGGUCGCGUGGUGCUUUGCAAGGACCUCCUCUCCAAGAACAAGGACGACAUUGUCGCGCUCAAGGUCGUGCGCAAGGUGGAGAAGUACUCGGAGUCGGCCAAGAUCGAAGCCAACAUCCUCAAGCACGUCAACGACAAGGACGUGCGCGGCGACUCGCUGUGCGUGCGCAUGCAUCGAUGGUUUGAGUUUCAAGGCCAUGUGAUCCUCGUGUUUGAGCAACUGGGGGGGUCGCUGUACGACUAUCUCAAGCAACAAGACUACAAGCCGUUUCCCCUCGACUCGAUCCGCGCAUAUGCGUGGCAGUUGCUCACGUCGUUGAAAUUCCUCCAUCACAUCAAGCUCAUCCACACGGAUUUGAAACCAGAGAACAUUCUGCUCGUUCGUGACGCGGCCUGUGCCGGCGACCGCGCGAAAGCGUGCCAGCGCAAGGGCUACCUCGUCCCCCCUCUCCACGACCAAGUCAAACUGAUUGACUUUGGGGGCGCCACGUACGACGACGAGUCCAAGAGCGGAAUCAUCAACACGAGACAAUAUCGGUCGCCCGAGGUGAUGCUCGGCGUCGGGUGGAGCUUCCCGUCGGACAUUUGGUCGGCGGCGUGCAUCAUUGCCGAGCUCUACAUUGGCGAAUUGCUGUUUGUGACGGUGCGCAAGCCACGUCACAUGCCGGCUCUAUAUAUUGAUUCGAUGUGAUGAUAUAUAUGAUGUGACGUUAGCAUGAAAACCUCGAACACUUGGCGCUGAUUGAAAAGUGCAUCGGGUCGUUUCCGGCAGACAUGGUCGCGCGCGCCGACCGCCAAGCGCAAAAGUACUUUACCGACCACGGGGCGCUGUGUUGGCCCCAGGGCGCGGCGACCCGUGAGAGUGUGGACCACGUGCGCAAGAUGAAAUCGCUGGAAGAGAUCAUCGACGGAGGCGGCGACGACGACGACGGCGCGCACGAGCUGCUGGACCUGCUCACGCGCAUGCUCGCGAUGGACCCGACGGAGCGCGUGACGGCCGCAGAUGCGCUGCAGCACCCGUUUUUUAAAGGCGUGACGCUGCAGACGUUGCACGGAUGACGGCAUGGACAACGUCAUGAUAACGUCAUGGAUGAAUAGAUUACGCCGUCUCUUGGUUUGAUUUCAAACGACCGACCGUAAUAUGUACUAGUAUCAGCCACGAUUCAAACCAUCUAGUCCUUCCAAGAAGCGGCCUUGUGCACAUAUGUAGAGCUCGUCGCGAUGACUUUGUCACGACUUGGACGGGGUGCAUGUUCCUCCUUGUGUGUGUUGUCAUGGAAUGAUCGAUGGAUAUGUUACUUGUCGUUGAGGUCCUUGUGGUAUUCCCAUGAGAGGUUGUCGAGGGUGGCGUGGAGUUCGGCUUGGACACGCUCUAGUCGAUGCAUGGACGUUUCCAGAAGCCGGAACCUCGCUUCCAUCUCAAGAAACUCGUCGUAAUUCCUCUCGACCUCGGCCUUGUCCUUGAGGGCGGACUUUGCUGACAUUCGAGUGUAGUCGACGGUCAGCACAGCCACAGCCACAAGGAAGAUGAAGGUCUCGCCGAGGAUCUCAGCUCCCUUUUUGAACGCUUGGUCGGCAGGAAGUUCCUUGACCGUGAUGGUCGCAUUGCCACCAAGCCGCAUCGCGAGGACACUCUCAAGACUCCACCGGUUGACGCGCUGACCAAUGCGUUCACAGGUCUGUUGCAUCCACGGGUGCGACUUGGACAAGGUCUUCAUCUCGCCCACAAGCGGUUUGGUCAGUGCGCGAAUCAGCAUGCCCCCGAGUUUGUCCAAGGGCAGCGCCAUCGCUCGCUCGUUUGAAUUGCGUUUGGAACUUUGAUACGAUUGGAUAUAAUUAAACCAAAUUCUCUAAAUUCAUUGGC